AUGAGCCUGGCGAAGAAUGCAGGGGACAAAGAGAUCAGCGGUGGUAAUAACAGACACGGGCUUGAGGGACUUCUUUUUGGAAUGCUAGAUCGAGAGACAGAUGAGAAACUCUGCUCUGAUGUCCACGACACGCUGGGGCACAUGCUCUCUUCACUGGCAGUCGAAAAGCUUUCCCACUGGCUAAUGCUCUGCAAAGAUGUCUUAGCAGCUUCUAGUGAUCUGAGUGCAGCAACACUCUUAAGCAGUGGGAAAGACGAAGAAUCUGAGAAGAAAGAUGAGAUGGAUGACGACGCCAUGUUCACCACACUAGGCGAGGAGGACAAAUCAAAGCCUUUCGUGGCUCCUCGCUGGGCCACUUGGGUGUUUGCCGCAGACUGCCUGUGCCGAAUCAUCAACCUGUGUGAGAACGCAGACCAGGCUCACUUUGAUCUUGCCUUGGCACGGUCUGCUAAACUACGAAACCCAAAAAAUGACCUCUUAGUAUUGCAUCUCUCUGACCUGAUUCGAAUGACAUUCAUGGCUACAACUGAUCAUAGCAACCAACUGCAAAUGGCCGCUCAGGCGCUGGAAGACAUUAUCAAGAAAUUUGCAUCUGUGCCUGAGCCAGAAUUUCCAGGUCAUGUGAUCCUGGAGCAGUAUCAAGCUAAUGUGGGAGCUGCCCUAAGACCAGCCUUUUCACAAGAUACGCCAUCAGACAUAAUAGCAAAAGCUUGUCAGGUGUGCAGCACAUGGAUUGGAAGCGGUGUUGUCAGCGAUCUCAAUGAUCUCCAUCGGGUGCAUAAUCUACUUGUUUCCUCUCUGGACAAAGUUCAGGCUGGCAAGGGAUCUUCUAGUCAACUAUACCGAGAGAGUGCCACCACCAUGGAGAAGCUGGCUGUUCUUAAGGCAUGGGCAGAGGUAUAUGUGGUUGCUAUGAAUAUUAAGAAAGAAGCUGAGUCAAAACCAAAGAGAGCAAUGAAAAAUACUGAUGAUGAUGACGACGAUUAUGGUGUCAUAGACGAACUGCCUCCAGACAGUUUAAUAACCCUGGUGCAGCCUGAACUGCCAACACUCAGCAGCCUGUGGCUGGCAGCAUUGAGAGACUAUGCACUUUUGACUUUACCAGCUGAGUUUUCCAGUCAGCUUCCCCCAGGUGGGGGAGCAUUUUAUACUCCCGAAACCAUCGAUACAGCAAGACUUCACUACCGGAACUCCUGGGCCCCAAUUCUCCAUGCAGUGGCACUCUGGUUAAACAGCACAGGAUUUAUAUGUCAAGAGUGCACAGAAGCAACAACUGAGUCUGGUGUACAGAAACGCUCCCCAGCGGUCAGUUUAAAGCAGGUUCCAGGAGCAAUGACUAGUGCGGAAGCCUUGCCAGAAGUUAACAAGGACAGAAUGCACCUGACCCUAGGUGUGAGUAUACAGUUUCUUUGUUCCCCUCGACCAGAGGAGCCCAUUGAACAUGUUACAGCAUGCCUGCAGGCCUUACAUACCUUACUGGGUUCUCCUUAUGCACGAAUCCACAUUGCGGAAGAUCAGCUGAUUGGUGUUGAGCUGCUAAGUGUCCUGCACCACCUGUUACUGACCUGGAACCCACCCGCUAUCCAGCUGCUGGUCACUGGAGUUGUGCAGCAGAUUGUCAGGGCUGCUCAGGACUAUGGACAGGAAAAGAGAAGCGCUCUAAAUGAAGAGGAUGUGGAAAAAGAGUCCUGUCCUACAUUAGGAGAAGGGGGUGACACCGGUGGCCUCAUUCCUGGAAAGUCCCUUGUGUUUGCAACCAUGGAGCUGAUGAUGUUCAUUUUAGUACGGCAUAUGCCACACCUGAGUACCAAGAUGUUGGACUCUCCAAGUCACAUGGUCACGAAAACUCAGCUGUUAGAGGAAAGUACUCGCUUGGUGGCAGCCACGGUGGCCAUUCUCUCAGAUCUACCAUCGCUUUGUUCACCGGCUGGAUAUAUUACAAUCCUGCCCACAAUUCUGUUCUUAAUUGCAAGAAUAUUGAAAGACACAGCAAUAAAGUCUGCGGACAACCAGGUUCCUGCCCCAGUCAGUGCAGCUCUUCAGGGAAUAAAAAGUAUCAUGACUCUGUCCAUGGCCAAAACUGAGGAAACUCAGAGACAGUGGACAGCUCUAAUUCGGAGCACUCUUGCCUGCAUCCUGGAAUAUUCUCAACCAGAUGACUGUAUGCCCGCGCCUGAUGAAGCGAGCAUGCUUACAGCCAUUGUGCUCUUCCUGUGGUCUGCCAGCAGUGAAAUAAUAGGAGUGCAGUCCCUGCAGAAUGGCUGCGUGAACAGAUUUAAAAGUGCCCUGAACUCAUGUGACCCAUGGGUUCAAGCCAAAUGCUACCAGCUUCUCCUCUCGGUCUUCCAGCAUUCCAAUUGCGCGCUUUCUACUCCCUACAUCCACUCAUUAGCCCCGCUAGUGGUCGCGAAGCUGAAAGCUGUGGAGAAAAACAGACCAGCCAGUACCACGGAACUUCUGGCUGUCCAAGAAGGAAUUAAAGUUCUUGAAACAUUGGUUGCUCUUGGGGAAGAACAGAACAGAGUCCAGUUACUCGCUCUUCUAGUGCCCACUCUGAUUUCUUACCUGCUGGAUGAAAGUUCUUUUGCCUCAGCAAGUCCGAUCUCCAAAGAUCUUCAUGAGUUUGCACUCCAGAACUUAAUGCAUAUUGGACCUCUGUACCCACAUGCUUUCAAGACAGUGAUGGGUGCUGCUCCUGAACUGAAAGCUCGCCUAGAGACUGCUGUCCGAGCCAGCCAGGCAAGCAGAGCUAAGGCAGCCGCCAGGCAGCCUGCCCCCACCACACAUUCUGCACCAACAAUCAAGCUGAAAACAAGCUUUUUGUAGUGUGCCUUUCCAUUCAUCUGUAUCUAUUUUUUUCUCAAACAUUUACCAUGUUAUAGAUUAACACUAACAUGCACAUAAUAUAUUACAAUGGUCACACAAUAUAAAAU